AUGAGUGCCGCACCUCUCAUCAACUAUCCAUGCACAGUGUGCUGCCGAGCGACCUCGAUGUGGUGCAGCCGCUGCCAACGGGUGUGGUACUGCAGUCCCGAACAUCUCCAAAAUGACUGGCCCCGUCACAAAAAGGAAUGCGUUCCUACUAGUGCGGUUCCGGAGCAGCAGCGCAACGCCGCUCCCGUCCCAAUCCAGGUGCAGCCGCAGCAACUCUUCUCGGUUUCGGCUGUUCUUUUUCUGCCCGAAGAAGAACGACCGCGAAUAAUCGUCGUCAAUUGCCAACCUCAAUCCUCCGGUGCCUGCCCAGUACCCCUCGUGCGAGAGUUUUUCCCGCGAGGUCAGCCCCAGAGCGUAGUGCUCACCCAGGGAUUGAACAACGAGCCGUUACGCUUUCCGCUGCAUCUCUGGUAUUGCCCGAUAUCCUUAGCGAAGGGCGCGCCGGUCAAUCGCGCCAUACAUCGCAUUACUUCGGGCGCUGCACCCAAGCCGUGGAGCGGGCCAGUCCUCGUUCUGAAAUUCAACGGAUCCCGUAGACAAGGUUACACAGAUGCCGGUUCGAACGACUUGCCUGCGCUCUCGUCCUACUUCCUCGCAUACAAAUGA